UAAGAGCUGCCGCAAUUUAUUUUCAAAUAUUUUCCUUGCUACACAAGCAAGUUCCAACUCUAAUUCUUCAGCAGUAACUUCUAAAACAUUCUCGUAUUACAAUAUAAAAAAAAUAGUGUCUAUACGAAAGAUUGGAUUCCACACAACAAUCUCGAGCUUCUUAUAGUACGAUUCUUUCGAUACAGAUAAGAACCUUUCUACGUAUUACAAUAAUUUAGAGUGCAAUGACGGACAUGAAAAAGAUUGUAUCUUUCUACUAUUCAUCGAACGGUAAUACAAAGGAGGAUAAGAUACUUUUAGAACCGAUCGAAUAUAGUCUGCAAUGCAAUGAUAUACAUCCAUAUAGAAAAAUAUCAUUGAUUUUCAAUUACUGGUUUAAAGUAUCACCUGAUAAAUUGCAACUAAUUGACGAAGUAAUGCAAAUGGCCUAUAAUGCAAGCGUCAUAUUCGAUGAUAUUCAAGACGAGGCCAUUAUGCGAAAUGGUUUUCCCGUAACCCAUUCUGUUUAUGGACUUCACUACUCAAUAAACGCUGCAAAUUGUUUACAAUUUAUUGCUUGCGAAAAACUUAUUAAUUUACAUCCCAUGGCAGUUAAAAUUUUGAUUGAACAAUUUAUUGAAUAUUACAAAGGUCAAGGAAUGGAUUUAUAUUGGAAAGAAAAAUUUAUCUGUCCGAAAGAAAAAGACUAUAAUAUUUUAGCAUUAAGAAAGAGUGCUUGGUUAAAUGUAAUGGUGGUAAAAGUAAUGAAACUAUUUUCUACUUAUGAAGAAGACAUCUUGUCACUAGCAAGUACUUUCGGAUUAUAUCGCCAGAUACAUGAUGAUUAUUGCAAUUUACGUCAUGAUGAGGAUACUAACGAGAACAGUUAUUGCGAUGAUUUAACCGAAGGAAAAAUGAGUUUCCUAAUUAUUCAUGCACUUAGAAACAAUCCUGACGAUAAGAAAAUAAUAAAUAUUUUAAGACAACGAUCGAAAAAUAUUGACGUAAAACGUUACUGCGUUAAAAUAUUAGAGAGUUAUGGCUCAUUUAAGUACGCAAAAGAUAUACUUGAUGAAUUGGAAGAAAAGAUGAGAACCGAAAUUGAACGUUUAGGUGGCAAUCCGCCCUUUAUAAAGCUUCUGGAUGACUUUAGGAAUAAGAUGUUGAAAACACAUAUCUAAAGAUUCUUUAAUCAAAAUGUUCAGAAAUACGUAUUUUGUUAUUAAUAAAACGUCAAAUGUAGCAUUGCAUAAUU